AUGGCGGACCAAGCACAGAGAAACAGCCGCAAGACGUUUAAGGAUGUUUCACCUGCAGACCUGAGGAAAAUGUGCCCUCAGCAAAAAGCGCGAUACCUGGCUUACGCCGAGCCGUCCAAGAACGUUGGGGGUUCGGUGGCAAUAGCAAAGCAAAGGGUACGUGUAUUUAUACAUGAGAAAAGAGAACAAGAAAAACAGCUGUUGCAGAGCGCCGAGGAGAAGAAGUGUCAGGAUGCACUUAUUGGUCAACUCAAAGCGGCAGAGGCGAGGAAACGAGUACAUCAAAAGAGAUUACUGUAUCAGAAACUGAAGGAAAUCAACUUUCUGAUCUCCUGCCAGCCUACUGCUCUAAGUGCACUUCGAUUAAAAUUACUGUUGCCAUCCAGAGACAUCAAAAUGGAUAGGACUGACCCUUUGGACAAAAAGCAGAGAAGAAGGGUUGAGGAGAUCCUGGGAGACGAGAAGGAUCUGACAAUCAUUCGAAGCUGA